AGAUUAAACCUAACGUAUACAUUUAAAUAUUAUUUUAAAUUAAUCCAAAAAAAUGUUUGAGGAAUAAAUUGUUAAGUAAUGACGAAAAAAACCAAAAAUAAAAAUUGAAACAUUUCAAAUCAACAAAGUUUUGAAUAAAUUUGAAGAUAUGUUGCCAAUAACACAAAAUGCAAGUGAUUCAAUUAUUUAUAAAGAAUCAUAUACAAAAAUACAAAAUGCUCAUGUAUUUCCAUCGCUUGGAACACCAACUCGGAGUACACGAAAACCAGCCAGCACUCCGAAAACACCAGAAUGUUUUAAAAGAGUGGACGUUGAAGAAAUACAACCAUUGUCUAAGGGUAAAAUUAGUAAAUUAAGUGUUGCUGUACGUAUACGACCAAUGACUCUUCGAGAAAUGAAUACACCAGGCUGUAUGAAUGCAAUUCAGGUGAAGGAUAAAGAUUUAGUUGUACAAAUUUAUACGGGAAAUGAUCUAACAAAUGAAAUAAGUCAUUGUUUUCAUUAUGACGAUAUAUUAUGGUCAUGUGAUCCCGAAAAUGAUAUGUUCGCUAGUCAAGAAAAAGUUUAUGAAUCAGUGGGUCGACCAUUGCUUGAAGAAACCUUUAAAGGAUACAAUGCAUGUCUUUUUGCAUAUGGUCAAACAGGAUCUGGUAAAAGCUAUAGUAUGAUGGGCAAUGAAAAUGAUUCAACCGAUGCAGGUAUUAUACCCCGUUUUUGUAAGGAUUUAUUCGACUGUGUUCAAAAUCUGGAUUCAGCAUUAUCCGUAGACAUUGAAGUGAGUUACUUUGAAAUAUAUAACGAAAAAAUUCAUGAUUUAUUAUCCGACCAAAGCGUGGGACGUAGUGCUCCAUUAAAAGUACGAGAACAUCCUACUUGGGGACCGUAUGUGGUUGAUUUAAAUGUAUAUCAAGUUAAUUCGUAUCAAUCAUUACAAAAUUGGAUUCAAGUAGGAAAUCGUUUACGAACAACAGCUUCAACGACGAUGAAUGAAAAAUCAUCUCGUUCACAUAGUAUUUUCAAUAUUAUGUUAAAUAUCACCGCUCCUAAAGAUCAUCCGGAAAUUGUGAGUAAACGAAGUAAAAUUAGUUUCGUCGAUUUAGCUGGCAGUGAACGCGUUGGUAGUAUUACCAACAACGAAGAACGAUUAAGACAAGGUGUUUAUAUAAAUCGAUCUUUAUUAGCGUUGGGUAAAGUAAUAGCCGCGUUGUCGGAUCGUAGAUCAACAAAUCAUGUACCUUAUCGAGAAUCAGUACUUACAUGGCUAUUACGAGAAAGUUUAGGGGGUAAUUCUCGUACAAGUAUGUUAGCAACAAUAACACCAGCUAGUUGUCAUUUAGAAGAGACUUUAUCCACAUUACGUUAUGCCUCACAAGCUAGAAAUAUUGUAAAUCGUGUCCGUAUCAAUGAAGAUCCAAACGAUCGUUUAAUACGUGAAUUAAAAGCUGAAGUUGAAGUAUUACGUGCGUUACAACAGGAAUAUUUACGCCAGUCAAGUUUUAAUCGAUCUAGUUUAAAUACCAGUUGUGCUUCAACCCAAUCUCUUCCUGAAGAAACUAUCGAACCGAAAAACAAUAAUCCAAGCGGUUGUGAAUGUAUUAUUGAGAACAUUCAUGGACGUUUAUUUGUUGUUGUAAACGAUUUGAAAUUAAAUGAAACAAUUUUAGAUGACCAAAUUGAUUUAAAACAUGGCGAAAAAUUAGUUCUAACUAGCACUAGCAUAAUUAACAUCGAAAAAAGUGAAAUAUCAUCAUAUUCAGAUGACGAAGAAGAUGGAAAUUCUUCUAUGUACUUAGAAAAAUAUACAAAUAUUUCAAAUGAUCAAAUCGAUGAUUUGAAUAAAAGUAUCGUAGCGAUUGAACGAUAUAACGAUUGUAAGGAAAAUAUCAAUUCGAAUUCAAACUCAUUUAUGGAAUCUGAGUAUUCUGGUUCAAAUUUUUUAAAGCAAGUUGAAACAAUAUUGAGUGCUUCAAAUUCUCCAUUGAAAUCAUUACAAAUUAAAACAUUAUUUAAUAAUAGUUUUCAAAAGAAAGCAGCUCGAAAGAAAGAACAAGAUAAUAUUUAUAAGUAUAUUUUACAAUUAGAGGAAUGUAGCAAAGCAAUUUCGAAAUUUACGAAAAAUGAUAAUGAAGUUGAUGCUUUACAAAUGCUAAAUGAGGCUGUGCAAAAUUUAAGUAUGACAUUCAGUAAUUCCCGUCGUAAACAUAAGACUGUGACAUUUUUCAACGAGGACCAACUAAAUUAACCCAGAUCUCUUUUUGAAAUAUUUGAAUCGUUUGCAAUUUCUUUUUUUAAUUCCAAUCGAGGCAACUCUCAA